AUGGCCUCAACUGAGAUGGACUAUUUACACAUCGGCAUGGGGUAUCGCGAUCUAAACGACACAAGUGAUCUUGUAAGGGAAAAGGAAGAAAAGCGCCUUCGCGAAGAACGGAACAUAGAUCAGGCGUUAGAUACGUUUGAACUGUACGACGACGCUCUGGCGAUAGUGCAUAUCAACGACGACACAUACAGCUACACGUCAGCGUCACCUUCGCUCCAGCUUCUUGGCCUGACGGACGAUGACAAUGCACUCCAGUCCUUCUUUCGGCUGUUGCGAUUGCACAAGUCAAUCGAACAAGAAACUGCACCAAGGCCGGACAUACGGCUGCUAGAGGACGGCAUGCUGAACGUUACACCACAAUCAGAAGAGGCUAAGACGAUAUACCAACUCAAUGCCCAGUCCUCCAGGCUCCUAGCAUUGACGGGCGAGAUCCGCAAUCAGAUAUUUGCCGAAGCCAUGCGUGGCUUCAGCAUCUUCAUCAAAUCGAGGCGUGUGGAUUAUGGAGAGUACACCAAGCAGGAAUUGUCGCGGAUCACGAACCGCAUCAGACUGCUCAAUUCUUCAGCCGGUACAGCUCUCCACGAGACACAUUUGGAGGUAGGGCCCAAGGAUUUCCUAGAUGUAGCAUCCUGGCACGGUUCAAAAGUCAGAAUCACACGCACCAAUCUACCAGGCGGUCUAAAAGAGGAUAGUCCCUUUGUCGCGCUUCAGUCGACAUGCCGGCAGAUCUAUACCGAAACUGCACUAGUUCCAUUUUCUGGGAUCAAUCGGUUUUGGUACUAUAACGACUUCGCUCUCACCGCUCUGAAAAACCGCAUUACAUCAUCUCAAACUGGAGCCAUCACCAAGCUCUUCUUUCAUGUGAAGGCUAUGGAAUAUUCAAGCAGGCCGAACGAUAUUGGAGACUUUGACUUGAAGCGUGUUCAGAAUUUGAGUACGUUGACGGGGUUAAAGUACAUUCACAUCGCUGUUGUGGUAGGAACUUCUUCCAAGUCCUCGUUCCGUCCGUCGGAGAUUGCGGCGCUCAAGCGGAUAGAGGCUGGAUUGGGUCCUAGGCUUCUGAAAUUCGCGCCCAAGGAUGUUGAGUUGGCGUUUGAGCUUCAUCGUCUGGAGUAG